AUAUUGACAGAUAUGAGAUCAUAAGGUAAAACAGUGCCUGACAACUACCCUUAGCGACAUGGCCGCUCAGACAGCAGUCCCUGGGUGUCCCCGCCAUAACGGGAUGGGGUUUGUUUACGUGUGUAAAUCGUGUGAUGACCAGUUAAUUUGUAUGGAGUGUGUAACAGACAGUCACAUCGGCCACACUCUAGGUAAACUGACUGAUUACGUGGCGGACCAGACACGGGAAAUACAGCAGUAUGUUGUCAAGCUUUCCAAAAGCGACAUUCCUCAAAUCGAGCAGGAUAUUCGUGAAAGUGAGACAAGCGGUGGAGGAUAUCAGAAAAUCAUCAGUGACUUUAAACGUCAGGGGAAACAGAUAAAAGACAACGUCGAUAAUGCUAUUGACUCGUUUGUGAAGAUGUGUACCGAGCUAGAGAAACUAAAUACAAGUAUUUCUGGGAAAAACAAAGCUGCACUAACUAAACAUCUGAGAGAGGACCUGAAGCCCAAACUAGACAGAUGCCAGCAGGUACUGACAUCCUGUUCAACUGCUGACGUCACUACAUUAGCGCGGGAAAUCAGGAAUACCUCCGUUGAUCCACCCACUCUUGAACGUUUGCAGACACUGGAGUUCAAACCCGGAACCAUCUCCACGGAACUCCUGGAACGCAUGAUUGGUAAGAUACUUGUCGACGGGGAAGAUCAGUCGUACAAACCGAUUCCGACACCCGUGUUUCUGUCCGAGUUUAAGACGUCGUUUUAUUUCGAUGUAUGUUGUACAUGUCUUACUGGUGACGAGGCAUGGUUAUCAUACUGGAAAGGUGAAAGCGUGUUCCGGGUGGACAUUAGUGGCAAUGUGAAGGAGACGAUCGAGUGUAAGGUCAAAGUCCAAUUCGAUCUCCGUAUCCCCGACCACAGGAAGGGUGUGGUUCUGUGUGCGUAAUGACCGAAGUAUCCGGGAAAUCACGACGGGUGGUGACGUCGUUACACGCUUUAACGUUAACAAUACACCACGUUCUCUGUGUAUCACUAGUGAUGACAUGGUGGUGGUGGGGAUGAAGGGAGGAAUACAACUGUACACUACAGACGGCCGGGCAGUGUCAGCUGGAACAGGCGGUCCUUGUCGACAGGUGGCAGGAGUUCCUCGUCACACGGUUUCCUGUAUAAAGACCGGAGAUGUAGCUGCUGUUGAUAGUGGUGAUGUAAGUUAUGACGACUACAUCGCUGGAAAGGAACCAGACAAACAGCCUCAUGUCAUCGUGAUGGAUAAACACCUAAACCUGAAGUUUCGCUGUAAAGACCUUGGUACAACCAAAUCAAACGGAAGUUCCAAUCAGUCAUCAAAGUUUUACCCACAAGAUGUUUGUUUUGACGGAGUUGGUGAUGUCCUCGUAGCGGAAAGGAUCACCAAGUCGGUACUACUGAUUGACGGGAAUACUGGACGCUGUAUGAGGACUGUUUAUACAUCUGAUGGAAUUACACCAUGGUGUAUCAGUCUACAGGAGGACGGUACCUUCUGGGUCGGACACAGGGAUGGCAGCAUGACGAUAUUGAAAUAUAAAUAGACAAUAGACAUGUAUCCCCGUGUUGAACAAUGUAUCAAUAUUCACUUACACAGAAGAGUAAUUCAAAUACUGUGGAUUUUACGAUUAAUAAUAGAAAUUAACAUGAAAUUGUAAAACUACUUCACCUGAAUAUGAUAUAUAUAUGUAUAUGUAUAAAGAAAUGAAAAGGAAAUCUUUGAUAUUAAUUACAGCUUAAAAACUUUGUCUUUUAAUUUUACAUUCGCAUAUGUAUUGUAAUCUAUCGUAAUAUUCUUAUGCUGUCUUUAUAAUUUAUUUAUUUGCCAUAAUAUGAAAACAAUCACAUAAAGAGUCAUCAAGUCAAUCGAGUGAGAACGUAGCCUCAUUGUGAAUCACCAUAUACGGUCAAUAUGUAACUUAUAAACUAUAUACUAUGUAUGCUAUUCGGAGUUGCAUUCUGGUUCUCUCAUUUUGGAAUUUUCUUGAUGCCUGUACGGUAUAAAGAUAUACCUUAUAUGACUCGUUGUUUUGAUAUCAGUGUCCUUGUUCUCAUUUUGAGAACAUGACAUUUCUUGUAUGUGAAUUUAUUUACCUACUCUAUUAACUUGCAUGAACACACGACGAUCCUAUAUAAAACAAUC